AUGUUUGUUAGAGGACUGAAAUCGUAUGGCAUAACUAGUUUUUUGAUCCCGAAAAUCAGUGAUCACUUACUACUCAAGGUUUUCAAUUACAACAAUGAUCACUGCUAUUUUCGUCAGUAUUCAACUAAGAUCAUUCAGUGUGAUGUAAAAAAUUCUACUGAACAAUCAACUGAUAAAGUUUCAUCAUAUCCGAAAUAUUUAUCUUGGACGAAUUCAAACGAAUUGGCUCACUAUCUUAGUCAGCGUGUAGUAGCUAUAACUGAACAUUUCGUUGUGAUUGAUAAACCACCUAAUCUUUCUGUUUGGGGUCAUUCGUUAGCUAAGCGUGAAGUUUAUUCAACAAUCGAUCCUAAACUAGCCUGUACAUCAAGUAUCAGCAUAAAUGACUGUUUACAACAGCUAAGCAAUAUACUGGCAUCACAGGAAGAGAAGCAACUUAAACAGGUUUCUAGCAAUGAUUCAAAAAAUUCAGUUAAUGCUGUUGAAAUCCCUAAACUCUAUAUUAUCGAAGCACUACCAGCUUCUUAUUCUGGUCUCAUUUUGUUGGGUAGAAAUGAGAAAUAUACCAUAGCUGCUCGUCAAUUUUAUAAAUCUGCUAUGCUUGGAGAUGUACCUUGGACAUUAUAUCAAAAGUUUUUGAUUGUUUGUUGGGGUAAACCUCAUGAGAUACAAUCGAAGGUGAUUUCUUUUCCAAUUGCUGCCUACCAACUACCUGGUGGUAUUCAUGUUGGUUAUAGACCAUCUCCCGGAGAAAUUUCUGUUGGUUUAAAACGUAAAGGCACCAUUCUGCAAAAACGUUUACAACACACUACUAUUUCUGAAGGUUGUGCUGUCGUUGGAGAGACAUUUCAAAUUAUAAUGUUUCGCUUUUGUACAUUUAAAAUUGCAUUGAAGUUAGACAAUGGGAAAUCAAAUUAUAAACAUAGACCAUUGUUACAUCUUAAGGGAGCAAUGUUCUAUAUCGAAGAAUGGUCGAUGUUACUUUUUAUUGGUAAACCGAGUAUUAUGAAAGCAAAGUCAAUGGUCGAGUUAGGCCUUCAUUUACAAGAUUUGAAUAUGUACGACAGAUCAGCUGAAACAGUGGUUCAAGGUGAUUCAAUGUCUGAAGAACUUCUACUUUUACUAAAAAAGCAAAAGAAAGAAAGCAAAGAAUUGACAAAAACAGCCAGACGACUUGAUGGACAGAGAAGAAAAACUUUUGAUUUAUUGAUUCAGUGCUUACCUAGGGAAGUUGCAAAACAAAUACGUCAAGGGAUGCUACCUUCAGAAACUAUUAAGACGUAUGAUUCAGUUACAAUAUGUUUCACAAAAGUGGUUAAUUUCUCCAAUUAUUGUAAUCGAAUGUGUGCACAGGAAAUUGUAGGUGUACUUAAUCGAAUGUAUACCCUUUACGAUUCAAUGACUGGAUCGUAUAAUGUUUACAAGGUUGAAACUGUAAAUGAUAGCUACAUGUUAGUAUCUGGUGCUCCAAGUCCAUCCCCUUUCCAUUCUGCUCAUAUAAUCGAAAUUGCACUGGAUAUCUUAGAAUCAACAAAACAAAACCUAUUUUGGCCAAGUGAAGCUAUUUCGAAGGAUCUAACGAAAACUCAACAUGAAGAAAAUGUACCACUUCAAUUAUGCAUUGGUUGUCAUACUGGUUCCAUUGUUGCUGGAAUUGUUGGAUUUAAAUCACCAAGAUUUUGUCUAUUUGGUGAUACGGUUAAUACUGCCAGUAGGAUGAUGAGUGCUGGACUUCCAGACACAGUACAUGUGAGUUCCACCUUAGCCGAAAAUUUGUCUAACUAUCCGUAUAUUUUGGAAAGUCGAGGAGAACAGAUGAUAAAGGGUAAAGGGAAAAUGUUCACUUACUUUGUCAGAGGUCGAAAAACAAAUUUUACCACAAUAGAUACAGUCACUGGGGAAGAGCUGGACUUCAAAAAAUUGUUACAAGAAGAUAUCAGAAUCAAUAAUCAAGAAAUAGAUGAAUCAGAUGAUUUUGAUUCAGAAAUUCAUCUUGAUAAUAACGAAAAUGAUACCAGUUCGGUUACAAUUUCUGAAAUGUCAAGUAUCGCUGAUGAUUUAGAAUAUUUUCCAGAAAUUCAAGAAUUAAAUCUCAAUAAAACUAACAAUUUUACCGAUCACUUGAACACUUCAAACAAAAAUUAUGUUGAUGUUAAUCAUAAUGAAGCUUUUUAUGAACAUGAAAUUCAAUCAGAAGAAAUGAAUUUAGUUCAAAGAAAACAAAAUCAACCGGAUUUAAAACUAAUUUAUAACAUGGAAUACCCUGAUGUGUUGAAGGAUACAGAAAAUCAGUCCGCUUCAGAUUUAACCUUUACCUCUUCAAGAUCAAUUUUAUUUGAAAAUCUUGCUAACCCUCUUACACUGGGAGUGACACAAGUUGGUAUUGUUCAACCUGAGAAUCCACUAAAGUAUUUAGGUGCAUGGUUAUACAAAUACGCAGAGAAUUCUACGAAAGAAAAUUCAUAAAGUCAAUUUUUUAAAAAAAGAAUCAACCUUUCUUGUAUUUAAGGUCCACUAUAUCCAUAUGUAGACCUUAUCAUAUUUGUCUAACGUCUUAAUGAGACUUUAUGUGAUGCAUGAAUAAAUACUUUAAAAUACCAAGCCAUAUGUCUUGAAUGUUUAGCCAACGGUGCGUUGUACCACCGUUUUCCAUUUGAUUAACGUUUAACUGCUAUAUAGCGUUUUUAAGAAAAAGUUCUUAUUUCACUUUUACAUAUUCUUGGUAUAUGUGUAACUGAUUUCGAUAGAUUAUAUAAAAUUAUCUCCGUAUUUCUUUCUUCAUUGCAUUAUUCACUGUUCUUC